CUUCAAAUGUUGACUAUUGUAUAAUGUGUACUAUUUACAACACUUUGUUAAUGACUGUAGUAUAGUGAACUAAUAAACGGCAAUAUAUACUGUAGUGUACUUCACUUUAUGUUACAGUAAACUGUAGUUUAUUGUUAUGUAAUAUACAAUAUAUCUGUAGAAAACUUAGUAGAGUAUUGGGUUAAGUCGUUUAGUAUUUGUAUGAAAAUGCAUUUCUAGUUUUUAAUCAGCCUAAACAGAAUUGAUGAUAACUACAAAAACAAUUACAAAACAAAAAAACUGAAGACAAACUGGAGUUUGAAGUACUGCACUUGUAGAAGCUUGAGGUUUUAAACGGGUUUGGAUGAAGGUACAAAUAAGGAAUACUGGUGGAAAGUAAAAAAAAAAACCUCUCCUUCAGUUUAGAUAAGGGGGUAAAAAAACAAAGUCUAGAGUCCAUCAGCUCAAUCUUAUGUUAAUUGCAGUGAUAGCUGUCUUCUGCUUCUGAUAAGGCAAACAAUGAUUUAAAGCUCUGUUUUCACGUCUAUAUUCAGUACAUAUUUGCGUUAAACAUUCGCACUCCGAGCUGAAGACAAAAAGUUGGCGCCCUGCAAACGUAAGAAUUGUUUUUGUAGUUUUCUGACGUGCAGCUACUCCGACUUCUGGCCGCAAGCGCACGACCGAAGAAACCCCGCGGUUCCGCUCCGGUCCUGUAGAGGUCAGCGGCGGCGCUCCCGCGAGAUGUCCGUCGCGCACGCUCACGCGCACCGAAGAAGACGUCCAGUCAACAGACGGCGUGUAUGUGAUCGAGCGUUAUUAACUGUCGCUCGGAGAUGGUGCUGUCCUCUUCUCAGCAGCUCGUGAUGGCGUUCACGGCCGUGCUGCUCGUGUUUGUGUUGUUCCCGCGGAUGUUCGGCGGCGGAAGCAGAGACGGGGAGACCUUCGACCCGCGGAUCAGCAGGAGAGGUCCUGGUCCCGGUCCCGGUCUCGGUCCUGGGAGUGUGAAAAGUCAGCAGCAGUACCACAGGAACGCAGCGCCUCAGAUGUCUCAGAGCGUGGAGAACAUGCAGCAGAUGAAGAAACUCAUGGAGCAGGAGCUGAAGAGCGACAAAUACAAAUCCAACAACAAUAAGGGCUACGUCUUCACCCUCAUGCCCAUCUACGCCAUCGGUGUCGGCCUCUUCGCUGCGUAUAAAUUUCUGAAGAUAAAAUCUGCAAGUGAUUCUGAAACCCAAAAAGCCAAAACGGCUCGAGGAGUGAAGAAAUCAGCGGAGACAGAGAACCAGCUGAACGAGCUGGAGCAGAGACUGGCUCAGACCGAGAAGAUGCUCAACUCCAUCCUGACCCAGCUGGACCCACUGACCAACUGUGUGAAGUCUGUUGCCAUGGAGCAGAAGAGCGAGAUCAUGUCGCAGCUGCAGUGCAUUCGGCAGCUAAUGAAGAAGAGAGGCAUGGAGUGUCCAAACAUCAGGAUAGAAGAGCCGUCGUGUGAGAGCAACCUGGACAAACUCAUCGAGACUUUAUCCGCAGCUGAGACGCUUCCAGAAACUCAAACACAGCCACAGGAUCUCCGAGAGCUCAGGCCUGAGUCUGAGGGAGAGGAGGACGAGGAGGAGAACAGACCUUCGCAGGGAGAGGAAGACGUGGGGAGUGAGAGUGACUCCAGCAUGCCGUCCCUGGAGGAGCCGGCCGAAGUCAGUGUAGAGGACGUUACAGUCGAUCAGACGGCUGGAUUACGACGACGCAACAGGCCUGAGUAACCCCGGCGAGAAUCGGACACAUAUCUAUUUAUAUAUUUAUUUAUUUAUUCAUUUUAUUCCUUGUAACGAAGCGGUCAGCGCUACUUACUGGUUUCAACUCCUGCAUAUUUUACUGCGUUUGAAGUUAAUCGAAAUCAAACUCCGUUCAUCGUUUAUUUGAUCAAAAAUAGAGUAAAAAUGGUCAAUGUUAUUGUAAAUUAAAAUAGCUGUUUUAGCGUCGUUACUCAAGUCCUUCGUAUUUUUGUGUUUUAUUUGUUCUUUGAUGAAUUGAAAGUUCUAAAACAACAUUUAUUUCAAGUAGAAAUCUUUUGCCGUCACAUUAGAAUAGUUCAAUUCAUCCUUGAUUUUUUUUUUUUCUUGUUUUUUUAUUUUAUUUAACCUUGUUUUAAGCAUUGAAAAAUUAAGCAGUGGAAAUUCAGCUUUGCAUCAAAGGAUAUAUAUGAAUAUAUUCGUGUAGAAAACUUAUUUUAUAUUGUAAUAAUAUUUUACUUUUACUUGAUUUUACUGGAUUUUUAUAUCGGAUAAUUAAUCGGUGAGGUUAUUCCAAAGCAGAAAAUGUUUGUCGUCUUAAUUUUUUAUUUAUUUAUUUUUUUAUGUAUCGCAGUGUAAUAACUUGCCCUGCCUCUAAAAUCAUCAUCAAAGCCAUGUGGGCGGGGGAAAUAAAAUCAAGAAAUAGUCAUUUAACUAUUUGGUCAGUCUUUCUGUUAGUAAUAACAAAUAAUGGUGUACAGAAACAUGGAAGUGAACCUAGAUGUGAAUAUCACUUCAUGUUGACUUGUAAGUGUUCUCUGUGUCUCCUGUGGUUGGAGUCAUACUCACGGGUACGUCUGAUUCGGCGAGGCUCGAGGAACACGUUUGCCGUGUUUAACACCGUUGCAUGAUUCUGGUAUGACAAUCAUAUACUACGAAGCUUUUCAGAAGUCAAGGGGAGGUCAAAGCUUUGAGCUUUAGUUUAAAAUAUUUUUUCUUUUUGGCUUGAAUCAAAUACCAAACACUAAAUGUGAUUGUGAGUGAGAUGAUGUUCACGUUGUUGCUUUCUGUGCCACUUUUUUUUUUUUUUUUUUUAAUUUUUAUAAAUAUGUCUGACGUGUUUCAAGUUACCUCCUUUUUGUUUCAUCACUUUGCCAAGCAUAUUUUGACAAUAUAAAGAAAAAAUAUUAAUGUUCCAAAGUAGAGUUGAUUCCUAAAUCAAAAUGUACAGUACAUUUUUUGGUGACCAUUUCAAACCCAACAAUUGCUGCCGUGUUUUAAAAACAUGCAACUGGUCCUGUUAAAACCAUGUUUUGUUGCAUGUCUUUUAGCGAUCAUUGGAUGUGAUUGGCAUGUGAUCAGUCUCUGUGCAUCCUGUGCUCAUUGUUUUUUUGCCUUGUAUUUGGUGUGGAUUAAAUGACCAUAUAUUUAUUAUGAAUGACUUUUGAAAGCUUUAAAUAAACUAAAAAUAAAAUGCA